AUCACUGGGACUCAAGUGAAACGCUUUUCACUCUAUGAUAACUGUGUGGCAAACAACCUAUCGGUUGACGGCAUAACGCAGGACCUGGAUUACGAAAUUGAUAAUCUGACCUGUCUCAACCUCAACUGCGCCCCACACUAUUUGCCGUACAGAAUAUACCUCAAGAAUGAGGUCAACCCUAUCCUCACUAUAUGUGAGGUCAGACUCGUUAAAGUCCUCUAUCCGGAAGGAUGUCAGGUAACCGUUAGGUUAGGGAAAGUGAUCACAGGUUAUCAACCGGUGAUUGGUAUGUAUUUCGCUGAAUCGCAAAUCAUAUCGAAAUCCACUUUCGCUGAGUGCGAGGAAAUAGAUGGACUCAAACAGACCUCUGGUCUUCAAAUGUUGGCCUUUGGAGACUAUAUUAACCAAACGUGUCUGUCAUCGGAAAUCAACCCUGAUACUGUGCCUUAUUUAAUCGGUGAUCGCAAAGUGUUUUGUUUAGGAGAUCAGACCACUAAAUAUAACAAAUCGCUUACUUAUCCGCAUUCAUUUGCGACUACUGUCCACAAGACGGAAGACUUGGAUUACUGUAUGUGUCUCUUCAAUGGCAGCUCAGCCCUCAAAUCAAUUUCUCUGAACGUCGAGUACAUGAAGCUAUUGAGUUGUGAUUCAGACUUUGUUGAAGUGCCGGAUAUACUGAAUUACACCGCCGUUACCGCUGAUGGAGCCCACACUCUCAGCAUAUCCGUCCAAAUUAUAUACCAGAAUAGGAUCACUAUGUUUGGUCUCAAUGUCUUACUAUAUAUGGGACGUGUCAUUGGUGGCAGAGAAUUCAAUAACCAGUACUUGAUUUCUGUGUCCAUAUUCACACCGACAGAAAGGAUCAAAUGUCUCACAGAACCACAUCUCGACUCAAUCGACGGCUCCACUAAACUUUGUAAAGACUAUGUGUCUGAAAAGUUAUUCAAUGCCAUGAAAUACGAUAUAAUCCCAAUUGUCUUCGGUUCGGCCAACUAUACGGCAAUACUGCCCCCAAACUCAUACAUCAAUGCCUUGCAAUUCCCAACGAUGACAACACUCGCCGAUCAUCUGAUCGAAGUGGCCAUUGAUAAGGAUCGAUACGAUUCUUACUUUCACUGGAAGAAUGAUUAUUGUGUUCAAGAUCUCUGUAAAGACUAUGUGACUGAAAAGUUAUUCAAUGCCAUGAAAUACGAUAUAAUCCCAAUUGUCUUCGGUUCGGCCAACUAUACGGCAAUACUGCCCCCAAACUCAUACAUCAAUGCCUUGCAAUUCCCAACGAUAACAACACUCGCCGAUCAUCUGAUCGAAGUGGCCAUUGAUAAGGAACGAUACGAUUCCUACUUUCACUGGAAGAAUGAUUAUUGUGUUCAAGAUGUAAGUACAUCGGCACCCGAAUCGAGAUGUGCAUACCUGGUCCUAUUAAUGGCCAUAUAUUGGGCUACAGAGCCCAUACCACUGCCCAUAACGGCACUGUUACCUGUUCUUUUGCUACCUCUGCUGGGACUGACGUCCACUGAGGAGGCCUGUGCCCCCUUUCUUAAGAGCAGUAAUAUGCUAUUCCUUGGGUGUCUGGCACUGGCACUGGCCGUCGAGAAGUCUAAUCUUCAUCAGAGAAUAGCACUGAAAGUAUUACUCAAAAUCGGCACUCAGUUUGAAUGGCUUUUGUUGGGCUUUAUGUUGACGACAAUGAUGCUAUCCAUGUGGAUCGUCACCACAGCCACCGUAGCCAUGAUGUUGCCCAUAGCCGAUGAAAUACUGGCCCAUCUGUUCCCCGACAACAACCAGAACGACGACCACAAGGAUCUGCUCAAGGAUUGCAGUAAAACUCAAUUAUCGACAGUCGUUACCAUUGAUGAAGAGAUCGAUGCCGUGAAACGCAACCGAUUGAGUAAACUAUUGUAUCUGAGUAUCGCCUACUCAGCCACUAUGGGCGGCGUCAGUACUCUCACCGCCAACGGACCUAAUCUUAUCAUGAAAUUCAUACUCGAAGAGCUGUAUGAUAGUCGUGAUCCUAUAGACUACGCGAGCUGGCUCAUAUUCGCCGCACCCGUCUCCAUCAUAAUUACACUGGUGUGCUGGCUAAUCUAUAAAAUAUUAUUUAUAAGGAACAUAUCGGUGCCCAAAGAGAAACGUCUGCUUUUACGGAAUAUAAUUAGGAAAAAGUAUGAGAAAUUGGGUCCAAUCACUUUCCACGAGUUUGCAGUAUUGGCUGUAUUUGUGACAAUGAUUUUGUUGUACUUCACUCACGACCCGCAGUUCAUGACCGGUUGGUCCCGACUUUUAUCCAUAAACAACAUUAAACCUAAACCUGCCGGCGCUGCCAUAUUCUGCACAAUGCUAUUGUUUAUAAUCCCUGCCCGUCCUUUCGGUCCAUACCCUUCCGGUGCUUUGUUGGACUGGAAGACAGUGCAGACAAAGCUCGAGUGGGGGGUUAUUAUCCUUAGAGGCGGCGGCUCCUUACCCAUCAGUGCCCUCAUUGUGUUGUUGUCCAUCAUAUCGACAUCACUGAUAGAAGUGAUGCGAACGUCAGCGACGGCCACAAUACUCAUACCAGUGGCCGCACAGUUAGCCCAAGACAUACACAUCAACCCAUUGGUUCUGGUCAUACCAAUCGCCACUUCCUGUGCCUAU